AUGACAAUGUUCAACUUAUCUAAACUUGCCUUUUAUGCGUGUAAUGAAGAACAAAAGAAUAUUUAUAACGAUUGCGAGACUCCAUCUAUAGAUAUAAAACUGUGCUGCUCUACUUUAUUAGCAAAUCGUACUAAUAAAAUUGGAAUUGUUAACAAAGUGUUUUCAACAGACACUGAAUGGUUGAAGAAUACAAUCACUUUAGAAGCAGCGAAAAAUGGUCAUUUAGAUUGUCUAAAAGAUGCUUAUGAGUGUGGGUAUUAUUGGGACUCUAAUGUUACUUUGGAAGCUGCUAUAAAUGGCCAUUAUGACUGUUUAAGAUAUGCACAUGAAAAUGGUUGUGCUUUGGACUACUGGAAUGCUCUUUUAUCUAAUGCUGCUAUUGGAGGUCAUUUAGAUUGUGUCAAGUAUGGAUAUAAAAAUGGUUAUCGUUGGAAUACAUUUAUUACUUAUCAAAUAGUACAAAAUGGACAAAUAGAAUGUUUAAAAUAUGCCCAUGAAAACGGUUGUCCGUGGAAUAUUGACACAGCAGCAGUGGCUGCUGAAAAAGGAUAUUUAAAUUGUUUAAAGUAUGCCCAUGAAAAUGGGUGUUCUUGGGAUAAAGGCACUGCAGUAGCAGCUGCUGCAUCUGGACAUCUUGACUGUUUGCAGUAUGCUCAUGAAAAUGGAUGUCCAUGGGAUAAGUCUGUCACAAUUUCAGCUGCUGCGGGUGGACAUUUAGAUUGUUUAAGAUAUGCACAUGAAAAUGAUUGUCCAUGGACAGAGAGCACUACAGAAGCGGCUGUUGCAAACUGUCAUUUAGACUGCUUACAAUAUGCACAUGAAAAUGGAUGUCCAUUACAAAACCAGCUUAUGUGGUUGAGAUUGGAUGUCCAUAACAUUUCAACUACUCAAUUGAUACCAAGACUUAUUUAA